CCUAAAAACCGUCCAGCUUCUUCUCUCUUUUCCAUUACUCGAACUUCCCAGAGAGAGAGAGAGAGAGAGAGAGAGAGAGUGAAUUUGCGUAGUUCAAUCUACGACGACAUGGCCGACGAAGCCAAGGCCAAAGGCAACGCCGCUUUCGCCGCCGGCAACUACGCCGAAGCCAUCCGCCACUUCACGGAGGCGAUCGAUCUUUCCCCCACCAACCACGUCCUCUACUCCAACCGAUCCGCUGCUCAUGCCUCUCUCAACAAUUUCACUGAAGCUUUGUCCGAUGCCCAGAAGACCGUAGAGAUUAAGCCCGACUGGUCCAAGGGCUACUCUCGACUCGGCGCUGCUAACUUAGGCCUCCGCCAGUACGAAGACGCCGUUUCGGCAUACAAAAAAGGCCUCGAAAUCGACCCCCACAACGAAGCUCUCAAGUCCGGCCUCUCCGAUGCUCAGGAUGCUUUAUCCCGAUCUAACGCUCCUGCUCAGCCAAAUCCGUUUGGCGAUGUCUUUUCUGGGCCGCAGAUGUGGACCAGACUCGCCGGAGAUCCAACCACUCGUGGCUAUCUCAACCAACCUGAUUUCGUCAAAAUGAUGCAGGACAUCCAGAGAAACCCUAGUAAUCUGAACCUCCAUCUGAAGGAUCAGAGGGUAAUGCAAGCUCUGGGUGUGUUGUUGAAUGUGAAAUUACAAACAAGGACACCGGAGGAUGCGGAUAUGCCGAUGGACUCUUCGCCCUCGCCCCCACCGCCGGAGCCCACGGUGAACCAGAAGAAGAAACCAGAGCCGGAGCCUGCACCUACGGAGGUUUCGGAAGAGGAGAGAGAGAUUAAGGAAAACAAAGCGCAGGCCCAGAAGGAGAAAGAGGCCGGGAAUGCAGCGUAUAAGAAGAAGGAUUUCGAAACAGCCAUUCAGCAUUAUACUAAGGCCAUUGAGCUGGAUGAUGAGGAUAUUUCUUUCCUCACCAAUCGUGGUGCUGUAUACCUGGAAAUGGGAAAGUUUGAAGACUGCAUUAAAGAUUGUGAUAAAGCUGUUGAAAGAGGAAGAGAGCUUAGGUCAGACUUUAAGAUGAUUGCAAGGGCUUUGACGAGAAAGGGAACUGCCUUGGCGAAGAUGGCAAAAUCCUCCAAGGAAUAUGAACCUGCUAUUGAGACUUUCCAGAAGGCUCUGACAGAGCAUCGCAACCCUGACACUCUUAAGAAGCUCAAUGAUGCUGAGAAGGCAAAGAAAGAACUGGAGCAACAAGAGUACUUUGAUCCAAAAUUAGCUGACGAGGAGCGUGAGAAAGGAAACGAGUAUUUCAAAGAACAGAAGUACCCAGAGGCUAUAAAGCACUAUACAGAGUCCUUGAGGCGGAAUCCCAAAGACCCAAAGGCAUAUAGUAACAGGGCUGCUUGUUACACAAAACUAGGGGCGUUGCCCGAAGGACUAAAAGAUGCGGAAAAGUGCAUUGAGCUUGAUCCAACCUUUGUGAAGGGUUAUACUAGAAAAGGUGCUGUCCAGUUCUUCAUGAAGGAGUAUGACAAAGCAAUGGAAACAUACCAGGAGGGAUUGAAGCAUGAUCCUCACAAUCAGGAAUUGCUGGAUGGCAUAAAGAGAUGUGUGGAACAAAUUAACAAGGCAAGCCGUGGCGAUUUAAGCCCCGAGGAACUGAAGGAGAGACAGGCUAAGGCAAUGCAGGACCCAGAAAUUCAGAACAUACUUACGGACCCCGUUAUGAGACAGGUGCUGGUUGAUCUCCAGGAGAAUCCUAAAGCUGCACAGGAGCACAUGAAAAACCCUAGAGUGAUGAACAAGAUUCAGAAACUGAUUAGUUCAGGGAUUGUGCAGAUGAGGUGAAUUGAUAGGAUACGGGAGUCCCAUGAAGAAAAGCAUCAGCAUUCAUUUUUUGUCCUUCCCAGUGUGCAUGUCAAUGGAUCAGUUUAUACAGAACUGUUGUUGAUAAUUUUGACAUCCUGCUUUAAUAGACUCCCAUCUCUCUCUGCCCCCUCCCCCUUUUCUUUCUUUCUUUGUUCUCUGUUCUUCAUGUAUUAGGGGUGGUUUGAGAUGAAUGAUCAAGACUUCAGUUUGCUUGAUACUUAAAGCUUGGCUGAUAUUAGAUUGUGAGCAUUGAUGGACCCAUUCUGUUCUCCAGCGAGCCACGAAUACUUGGUCCUCUUUUUCUGGCUCGUUCAGUCGUACGGUGUUGUACGAGUGGUGUCUGGAGGUAUUCUCAUGUUGGUCAUUGGUGUUGGGGGAGUGCGGGAUCCGAUUAUUGCAAUAUCUGUUUCUAGCUCUCUGAGCUUUAGCCUUUGUGAGGUGGAAACGACCUUAAAAUAUGGUUCAGAGGGGCAAAAUCACAGGCCUUUCCUGGAUCUUCUUUAACAUGGUACUUC